AUGGGACGCCAGUUCACAUCCCGCUCCUUCACAUCUUUUCUGAAAGCUAUCGUAGCCAAGCAUAUGAUGACGGCCUACCACCCCGCGGCAAACGGGAUGGUGGAGCGGCUGCACUGCCAGCUAAAAGCAGCUCUCUGUUCCCAGCCUGAGCCCACUAACUGGGUUGACCAUUUGCCGUGGGUGCUCCUCGGCCUACGCUCUUCGCUAAAGCAGGAUCUCAAGUGUAGCUCGGCAGAGUUAUUCUUCGGCUCCCCUUUGCGCUUGCCUGGUGACUUCCUCGAUUCCAGCCCAAAGCCUCACCUCACCGGUGACGACUUCGCAACGCGCCUCCGUCAGCAUUUCCAGGCCGUCAAACCCGCCCUACCUCGUCAGCCUUCCCAUAGGAAGAUUUUCGUGCACCCGGAUUUGGCCAAUGCCUCUCACGCCUUCGUCUGUGUGGAUCAUGCCAAGCCAUCCUUGACGCCUGCAUAUGCUGGCUCUUACAAGAUACUGGCAGCAGCGACAAGACCGUAA